UUAGACUCUGAUAAGGCACUGAGGGAUUCUCGCACCCAGCUGAAGUUCAGGCUGACAUUCUCUUCACAGCAGCUUGUGAUUCUGCCUUUGGUUGAGCUUGUGGUUUCCUAACUGAAGCCACUCCAGUGUGAAUAUGUCCAAGUACUGUGACCAGGAACCCUACAUGGAGGAAAUUGAUGAAGACAAAAUUCUUGAAGGUCUUUCAGCUGAAGAGCUCCAGCAGCUCCAGAACGAGAUGGAUGAUAUUGCCCCAUAUAAAACAAUACCAGUGGGAAUGAGACAGAAUAACGCAUCUGUUGAAGCAACGACUGAAGGGGACAAAGAAUGGGAGUCUGAGGAUCAGGAAAACAUUGAUGAAGAUGUGAUUUUGGCAGGUCUCACUGCUGAAGAGCUCAAACAGCUCCAGAAUGAAAUGGAGGUAAUUGUUCCUGAUGAGAGAGUGCCAGUAGGGAUGCGACAGAAGGACCAAACUGAUAAACCCCCAACAGGUUCAUUUGACCAUAGAUCACUAGUGGACUACCUGUACUGGGAGAGACAAUCUAAACGUUUACUGGAAGAAGAAAGAAUACCUACCACCCUGCUCCCCAGUCAGAAAAAAAGGGCAGAAGAGCUGAAGAAUAUAGUGAAAGAAGAUAAUAAAAAUAUUGUGUAUGAGGAAAUUGGAAAAGAUGCUGAGAUAGGGGAUUGUAAAGAGGUGAUUGAGGAAGUGAUCGAAGAAGUAAAAGACAAAGUUGUCGAUGUAGAAGUUGGUGAGAAUGAUCAAAAGAAACAACCAAUUAAAACAGAAACUCAAGAGAGUAGCAUUAUUAUGUUUGCCAACUCUCAGCCAGCUCCAAAUUUCUCUGACUCACAAAAAGAGAGAGAAACUCAAAGAGCUGAAUUGAAUGAGGACGAAUCAAAAGUGGCUAAAAUGAAGCAAACAGAUCAGAUUCAAUGUAAACCUGUUCCCUCAGCCUAUGAGAACUGGGUUCCUAAGAAAGAAGAGAGAGUCAUAUCCAAAUUGAAGAUCCCAAAGCUUGCACAUGGUGAUGGUUUGAUUAAAAAAACUGCAAGGCCAUCUGGGAAUGAUACCAAUCUGGAAAGCACUCUGGACAAAAUCCGCAAUCAUAACUCCUAUAUCACUGAGAUCAACCUAAACAAUAUUGAGAACAUUCCUAAAGAAAUGCUCUUAGACUACAUUGAGGCACUGAAGAAGAACAAGCAUGUGAAGAUCUUCAGCAUUGCAAACACAGGUGCAGAUGAAAAUGUGGCUUUUUCAUUGGCCAACAUGCUGCGAGAGAACAGGAGCAUCACUACACUGAACAUUGAAUCCAACUUCAUUACUGGAAAAGGUAUCAUUGCGAUCAUGCGCUGUCUACAGUUCAAUGAGACUUUGACAGAACUCCGGUUCCACAAUCAGAGGCACAUGCUGGGCCAUCAUGCAGAGAUGGAAGUGGCACGUCUCCUGAAAGCCAACAACACCCUGCUUAAGGUUGGCUACCAUUUUGAGCUUCCUGGGCCCAGGAUGGUGGUGACUAACUUGCUCACUAGGAACCUUGACCGGCAGCGACAACAAAGGAAGGAAGAGCAGAGGCUUCAGCAGAUAAAAGAGCAACGUCAGAUCAUGGAGGUGUAUGAGAGCCACCUGAACUUCCCACCUGGUCUGCUGGAGAUGUUAGGAGAAUAUAUUCCUGGAAUGGAACUUAUCUGUGCUGCCCAUGGUCCUCAGCUUCUUUCACAAAGCCCUCCAGAACCUUCUAUUGAAUCAACACCAUGUCACAAGCUACAAAAGACACACCACCCUACUGGACAACAUCCACGCAGUUCAGACUCAGACUCCCGCAAUAUGUUAAAAGAUGUGAAGCUUAAGAAGACUCCAAAACGUCGUGACCCACUCCUGGAUUUAACUAAAAAAGAAGAGAAAAGAGAUGGGAGGGCUAAUAUUCAGUUACGGAGCACUUUCAAGCACACAAACACAGCAAGUGAAGGCUCUCUGGAUGAUAGGGCCAACCUGAAAGAUGUGAUAAAGGCACUGAAACCAGUUCCUCGAAGAAGGCAGCCACCAAAAGAGGAACUAACACCACGUGACUUACUCCUCAAUGAAAUUAGACAGAGCAAUGUGGCUUAUCUAAAAGCGGUGCCUCUUCCCAAAGUUCUGGAAUCCAGGGAAACCAGUCUCUUAUGAUGACAACAUGCUUUUUGACAGACUGCUCACCUGUACCUGUAGCCAAUAUGGGCCUAAUCAGAUACUGCUGUACGAGCCAUACGCUGCCAUCAUUUUUCAUUUAAUGCUGUUUUGAUCAGUGUGGCUUUUCUAUGAGCCGGUAGUUAAUUUUAUGAUAGCUGCAUGAAAUCCACUGGUAUAUAUACAUACAGUCAGGUCCAUAAGUAUGUGGACAGUGACACAAUUUUGUACUUUUGCCUCUGUACACUACCACAAUGGAUUUGAAAUGAAGCGAUCAAGAGGCGAUUGAAGUGUAGACUUUCAGUUUUAAUUAAAAAGGUUUCAUUAACUCUUUAGGAAUUACAGUAUUUUUUUGCAGACUUCUUCCAUUUUCAAUUUUCAUAGGAUCAAAAGUAAUUACACAAUUGACUGAUAAGCAGUUUCAUGGGUAGGUGUGAACCUGGGAACAAAGUAUUUCCAUUUUUGUUCACCCAAAUAUUUAUGAAUCUCAUGCUGUAUUUAGAAUCAGGCACAGAAGAAAACAGAUUUCAAAUAUACCUCAGUAGAUUUAAAAAUUGGUCUAGGGCUCCCAAUAUUUUUUUUACGCUUUGCCUUUGCACUGUAGCAAAUUUAUAUUUAUAGUCACAUGAAGGAAGAUAACAUUUUAAUAUACACAAAUGUUUCCACUUUGCUGUUUUAUCUAUGUAACAUCUAGUUAGGCAGAACUGCUACCUUCUUCUGUCAAAUUCUUGUGACACUCCUCAUUUGUUCAACAGAUUCAAUCAAAGAAAAUAUAUAUAGUUGCAAGCAGUGAUUGAUGGGCCCAAGCACCAAGGGCACAGCAUUGUCUAUUACAACAGCCACUAUUAGCAUAUGGAUGUUAUUAUGCCAGAACACUGAACAUACACAUAAACUUUGAGUCAUGUUGCAUUAUGUACAGUGGAAUUAUGCUACACUUUCUUUUUGCCCUGCCUGAUAUUUUAAUUAAUCACCUCACUAUGGCAAUACUGCUCCAGAUUUCAACAUUGUCUUCCCAAUUUAAUAUCAUUGAAAUAUUGACAUCAUUCUGACUAUUUGUGCUAUCGUAUGACACUUACUCACCCUGUGAGAGACACAUUAAAAAGGUUUGUUUUUUUAGCCUCACUUUCUGUUGCAAGUUGGGAGCUCUAUGACAAUGACUUACUUUAUGCAUGUGUACUUCUCUGUGCCCUAUCCCUUUAUAUAUCUGUGAUGUUUAUGACACGUUCAUUAAAAAAUGUUGUAUCAUGGAUAUCAAGACAUCUUACUAAAAAUACUAUUGCUAUCUACAGCACAAUCUACUGUAAACAAUCUUUGAAUACUAAUAAUGUUAAAAUACUUUAUGAUUAAAAUUAUUACAUUAAUAAUAGGGGGAAAUUGUACCUUAUGUUAUGAAUACUGAUCUACUUUUCUUUUUCAGCAGGCUGCUUCACUGGCUCUCACCUCCAUACCUCUGUGCUCCAUAUUUAGUGUACAUAUCUGGCUAAUCGCUUUUAAACAGAAAAUGCAUCAUCCAAUUGGCUAAUGAUGUUUCUCAUGACAGCAGCUGAUAUCCAAUAAAAUGUGACUGAAAUGGAAUGCAUUCAUUAAAAAAACUUUUUUAUAAUAAUCAGUGUAAUAAAUGCUAUUACAUAACAAUGCAUAGAUUUUCAUAGUUUUAUAGUACUGGCAUUUUCCUUUAGAAUUCACUGGGCUUCAUUAGAAUGAAGUAAUUGUUCCAUCAAUUCAUCCUGGACCAGAUGCAGCAAAACAGGCCCAAACAGUGAUACUACCCCCACCAUAUUUCACAGAUGGGAUAAGGUUCUUAUGCUGGAAUACAGUGUUUCCUUUUUUCCAAACAACAUUUCUAAUUUAAACCAAAAAUUAUAUUUUGGUCUCUUAUGUCCACAAUUUUUUUCCAAUAGAUAUUUGGCUUGUCCUUGUGAUCUUUAGCAAACUGCAGUCAGGCAGCAAUUAUCUUUUUGGAGAGCAGUGGUUUUCUCCUUCCAAACCUUCCAUGCUCACCAUAGUUAUUCAGUGUUCUCCUGAUGGUGGACUCAUGAAUAUUAACAAUGUGAGAGAUUCUUGUGAGAGAUUCUCUGUGACCUCGUCAACUAUUGCACGUCUUACAUCUGUCUGACUGUGCAUUGGUGGAGUCCAAACUCUUUAGAGAUGGUUUUGUAACCUUUUCCAGCCUGAUGAGCAUCAACAACUCUUUUUCUGAGGUCCUCAGAAAUCUCCUUUGUUCAUGUAAUGAUACACAGCCACAAAUGUGUUGUGAAAAUCAGACUUUGAUAGAUCCCUGUUCUUUAAAUAAAACAGGGUGCUCACUCACCCAAUUGUCAUCCUAUUGAUUGAAAACUCCUGACUAAUUUCACCUUCAAAUGAACAUCGGGGUUACGCAUGUAACCCUGUUCCCUGAGAAGGGAACGAGAAGUUGCAUUUAGCAUAACAGUAUGUAAGCGCCCUUGCGCGCGUGACCGGUAUCUGCAGCUUGUGUAAAAUCAUGCCUCUACUUAUAGGCCUGCCAUGAUCAGGUGACGUGCAAUUAAGCACGUCGCAUUAUAUAUACAAAGCUAUGCAAAGUCUCGUUCCCUUCUCAGGGAACAGGGUUACAUGUAUAACCCCGACAUUCCCUUUCAAAGGGAACUUCGACGUUGCAUUUAGAAUAACAGUAUGUGAACGGGAAUACCCACUCCGUCAUACCGGGGAUACAGACUGUUCAAAAAGACCCAAGUCCGAGGGUCACUGCAAGACACUCGAGCCCGGGGUGGAAUGAAUAUCCAGGCUGUAAUAACGGAUGAAUGUGUGUGGCGUAGACCAUCCCGCAGCAGCACACACAUCCUGCAAGGAUACCCCUUUGGACAAAGCCUUCGAGGAGGCGACCCUAGUGGAAUGAGCUCUUAUGCCAAGAGUCGUGGCGAGACCGCACGCCUCGUAAGCCAUAGAGAUUGCUUUCAUUAUCCAAUUCGAGAUGCGCUGCUUUGACACAGCAUCAUCUUUACUGUCAACGCCAAAGCAUAUCAGCAGCUGCUCCGACUUACGCCACUGGCCGGAGUGGUGGACGUAAGUACAGAGAGCCUUUACUGGACACAGCAGGUGCAUCCUCGUUUGUUCCGGUGUGAGGAACGGAGGAGGGCAGAAAGCCUGCAACACCACAUGGUGGGCAGCUGAUGUAGGCACUUUAGGAAUAUAAUCUGGCCUAGGAUACAGGAAGGCCUUGGCUAAUCCAGGGGCAAAGUCAAGGCAGGAAGGGGCAACAGAGAGAGCUUGUAGAUCUCCCACUCGCAUUAGAGAUGUCAGGGCCAGUAGGAGAGCUACCUUUACAGUCAGAAACUUCUCAGAGGCUGACUUUAAAGGCUCAAAUGGGGCCCCUGACAGACCUUCCAAGACCACAGAAAGGUACCAGGAAGGUAUGCGCAGCCUGCAGAUGUGCCUCAGCUGUCUGACACCACGCAUGAACCUCGAGGUUAGAGGAUGUUGCCCCACAGAGGCUCCAUGAACAGGGGCGUGGCUGGCCGAAACGGCAGCCACGUAAACCUGAUUGUAGAAGGAGCUGCUGAGAAACAUUGUUGUAUGAACUCCAGGACUGUAGCUAUUGCACAGUUCACUGGGUCUAGCUGACGUUCCUCACACCACAAGACAAAAAGCCGCCACUUGAGCGCAUACAAUUUCCUUGUGGAUGGUGCUCUAGCAUUUAACAUGGUCUCUACAACCUCAGUUGUGAGACCAGAAUCUAUGAGCUGGUGCCCCUCAGGGGCCAGACCCACAGUUUCCAUAGUUCUGGCUGAGGGUGAUAAAAUCAGCCCUCCAGCUUGAGACAGUAGAUGCCUGCGUAUGGGAAUCUCCCAAGGAGUGCCGUCGAGCAGGGAAAUUAUCUCCAAGAACCAUAUUCGAGCUGGCCAAUAAGGUGCUACUAGCAGCAGACGUAGACGGUCUUGGCGAACUCUCGCUAGAACUUGUGGGAGCAGAGCGAUCUGGGGGAAAGCAUAUAGACCUGACCUCGGCCACGUGUGCACCAUGGCGUCCAGCCCCAGUGGUGCGGGAAGAGUGAGGGCAAACGACAGCGCGCAGUGUGUUGUUUCCUCAGAGGCGAACACAUCCACUUCCGCUUGUCCGAACCACCGCAAUAUGGACUACACCACUUGUGGAUGGAGCCUCCAACUCCCGGGCCUCAGCCCCUGCCUCGACAGGUUGUCUGCCCCUACAUUCUGGCUGCCCGGAACGUACAUUGCACUCACUGACAAGAACUUUCCCUCUGCCCAGAGAAGGAUUAGUUGCGCCUGCCUGAACAGGGGGCGUGAACGUAACCCUCCCUUGAUAUAUGAGACCACUGCUGUGUUGUCUGACACAACUAGCACAUGGUGACCUCUCAACUGAGGAAGAAAGAAUUUCAGUGUUAGGAAUAUGGCCCGCAUGUCUAGGCGAUUUAUAUGCCACUCCAGAUGAGGGUCGCUCCAAAGACCGUGAGCUGAACAGCCAUUUGAGACUGCACCCCAGCCCGUGAGGGAUGCGUCUGUCAUUACCGUCUUACGGUAAGGAGACGCCCCUAGAGUGUGACCCGAGGCUAGAAACUGCGGGCACCUCCAAAUACUCAGAGCACAUAAGUAUCGCCACGUGACACUGAUUACUCUCAGAGGUUUCAUCCUUGGAUGAAACCUCCGACUUUUCAGCCACCACUGAAACGGUCUCAUGUGCAAUAGGCCCAACGGUAUGACGUUUUCUGCUGCUGCCAUAAGGCCCAACAGUCUCUCGUAGAGACUGGAGGGGAUGCCCAGACAUAGCUUUAUUUUGCUCAAAGUUGAUAGGAUCGAUCCUAUGCGUGUUGGGGUUAGAAACGCCCUCAUCGUAGUAGAAUCCCAUAUAACACCUAGAAAAGUUGUCCUCUGCACUGGAGAAAGCAUACUUUUCUUGAGGUUCAACCUGAGCCCCAAGCUCCUCAUGUGGGAGAGAACAACAUCUCGAUGUUGAACCGCCUGUUCCCUUCAUCGUGCUAGAAUUAACCAGUCUUCCAGGUAGUUCAGUACAUGGAUGUCCUGGAGUCGCAAGAGGAGCUAGAGCAGCAUCCAUGCACUUUGUGAAGGUGCGAGGGGAUAAAGCUAGCCCGAAGGGAAGAACCCGAAAUUGGUAUGUGUAGUCUCCAAACGCAAACCUCAGGAACUUCCUGUGACUGGGUGAUAUUCCUAUGUGGAAAUAUGCAUCUUUCAUAUCUAUCAUCACAAACCGGUCCUCGGACUGAAUCUGUGGCACGAUAAGUUUGAGCGUCAGCAUCUUGAACCUGUAUGUCCGAUGACGCAGAUCUAAAAUUGGCCGCAUAGUCCCAUCUUUUUUGCGGACCAGGAAAUAACGGCUGUAAAAAAAAUCCCUCCCUUAGGGAAUGGGUACAAGUUCUAUGGCCCCUUUGUCCAAAAGGGAACUUACUUCCUGCGCUAACAUUGGGCUCUGCUCUGUGCUGACAACUGUGGUGAGCACACCUCUUAACCGGGAGGGUCGAGCUCUGAACUGAACCCGGUAAGCCUUUUCUAUGGUAGACAGAACCCAUUGAGAUACAUUUGGCAGUAGUUUCCACGCUGCCAAAUGGUCUUUCAGUGAUGUUAACUUUUCCACAUUUCAUUGGAGAGAAAGCAUCAGAUUUCCGUCUCCCUGUGACAGCUCGCUGAGCAGAGAAGGCUGAAAACGUGGGAUGGCCUCGGCAAAGGGCAGGCCCUACUAUAGCACUGUGGGCUAACUGCCCUAACAACCUCAUGUGCCCUGAUACGUCCCUCUGUGGCCCAUCAGGACCGUUCCUUCAUAACCUGCUUUGCUUUUAUGAUCAUUCUUAGAUCAGGCCUCUUAGCAGGUUGUGUCUGUGGCCGCCCGGUCCCCCUGGCUUUCUGCGGAGGGAGGUGGUCCGCCACACUCGCCUUCUGCACCUCCCUCGCACUAGCGCUGGCCCAGGCUCCAUUCAUGGAGGCCCGGGUGAACUCGACACGACGGGGAAGGAACUGGCUGAACGCCACCAUUUGCUGUUUUGCCUCGCGAAACAUGUCGGUGAUGGCAUUAACUGCGCCGCCAAACAGGCCGGAAGGUUUAACAGGGGCGUUCAGCAAGGAGACCUUAUCUUUGUCCCCCAUCCCUGAGAGGUUGAGCCAUAGGUGCCUCUCCGCCACAACCAGGCUUCCCAUUGAACGGCCGAUAUGACGGGCCGUUUGUUUGGUCGCCCAGAAAGAUAACUCUGUGGCGUGGCACAGCUCUGCCACUGCCUCGGGCCCAAUUCCCUCCCCAGUAUCGAGCUACCUCAGCAGGUCUGCUUGGUAGGCCUGCAACACUGCCAUUGUAUGCAGUGACCCACAAGCAAGACCCGCUGCCGCAUAGGCUUUACCCACCAACGACGAGGAGGCGUUACAUGGCUUAGAAGGUAAAGUUGGCCUCUCUAAAUUACCCGCCGUUGAUGGAAAGAGGUGGCUCGCAAGCAUCUCCUCUACCGUUGGCAUAGCUAAAUAGCCGUGCUGCUCACUCCCCAUGACGGCUGAGUAAUCAGAUGUCGCAGGGUUAUAAACACGGCUAGUGUAUGAUGUUCUCCAGAAGCGAGAUAUCUCAUCAUGCACUUAUGGAAAAAAGGGGAGUUUUCUGCAGUGUGAGGGAGAUUUAUAUAUUUAUAUAUUAUUUAUAUUUUUAUAAGCUUGAGAGCUGCUGUCGGUUUUUGGUGCAAUGGCACCCUCUACCGACUCCUUGGAGUCAGCGAGGGUGUUUUGGCUUUCCAUAGGGGAAGGAGGAGUCGCGACGCGAGCUCCAAAGUCAGGCGGAGAGCCGGACCUGGAAGACAGAGCAAGAGAUAGAGCAGCGCUUGUCUCCGGCUCCUCUUCCAAAUUCAUACGAGAACCCCACGACCAAGAGCCGUGAGGCUCUGAAACCCAACUCCCUUCAGACGAGAAGAGAGCGAGCCGAGAGUGUAGUUGCCUAAUCGUGAAAUGUUCACAAUGCUGACAGUCAGACCUCUCGAGGGCUGCUGUAACAUGUUCUAUGCCCAAACACUUCACACAGAAAGCGUGUCCGUCUCCUCCCGUGAUGAAAUGGGAGCAAGGCGUAACACACUUUCUGAAAUCUUUCUCACUCCUUAUUUCCCUCUCUUUUCUUUUCUUUUUUUCUAAAAAAGGGAUAGAAAAGUUUAGAGAUUUUGAGAAAAUAUAGAGUAGAAAUGAAGCAUUCUUUGACAUACAAACAACAGACAUGCAGUCUCGCUGAAGAUAAUAAGGCUGGCGGCAUGGUUCACAGGUGCCAUAUAUAUAUCAUGCGACAUGCUUAAUUGCGACGUCACCUGAUCAUGGCAGGCCUAUAAGUAGAGGCAUGAUUUUACACAAGCUUCAGAUACCGGUCACGCACGCAAGGGCGCUCCCGUACUGUUAUGCUAAAUGCAACGUCGAAGUUCCCUUUGAAAGGGAACUGCUAAUCCUAAAGGUUCACCUACUUUUUCCACUCAGAGAUAUGAAAUAUUAGAUAAUUUUCCUAAAUAAAUAAAUGACCAAGUAUGACCCCGUGAAAGAAAUAUUUCUUCACAAUUUGGUGUUGAGGACAUCUUUUUGAGGAAAGCCUGUGGCAAAACACAACUCUGUAACAUGCACCUUCCAGGGAAUUAAAAGAAAGACUCAUGAUUACAAGUUAAGUGGUUAAAAAGUUAUGAGCAGUUUCAUGAAUUUGUGAAUUAUAGCACCCCAUAAAGGGGACUUAGACAACAAAAUUUCUUGGAGUCCCCUAGGACAAGGCCCAUUGCUCAUCUACAAAGUUUGGUGAAUUCAUGCAUUAAGAAAAAACUGUCCAUUAUAUCAAAAACUUAAAUGUUUUGUUUAAGUUGGUCUCCCUAUUCUCUCGCCCAAAUUUCAUGUUUGUGGUACACAAUUUGCAGGAAAAGAAGCGAUAAAUAAAUAAAUAAAUAAAAUUGUAAAUUGGCCGACUUCCUGUUUGAGAAAUCACAAAUUAAACUUUGUGAACAAAUCAGUAAAUCUUCUCACCUUGAAGGGGCUAAAGACAAACAAGUAUCUUGAUUUGAUGUUGAGCAGUUUUAAAGUUCUUAACAAUUUUAUGCAUCUGUAAAUAAUAGGGCCGCCUGCUGGUGAAUUUAGACAAAACGUCUUGUAAGCUCUUAUGAGGAGGUCCUUCAAUUAUCUACAGAGUUUGAUCAAAAUAUGUCACACAUUUGCUGAGAUAUGGCCUCACAUUCUUUUGGUUUGCUGUCAAAUUUGUUUGUGCUUAAUGGACAAAGCAUUCAUAAUUUUAAAAAUCUGAGUAACAAGUUUUGUUCUGGUUCAUCUGUUGACCAGUACUAUAUUUUAUUGUUAUUGUACAAAAUUUGUGGGAGAAAAAGAAGAAAAUUUGUAUUAAAAUUCAACAUGGCUGGCUUCUUGUUUGAGAAAUCACAAUUGUGUUAAAUAAAGAACACUCGGGAUCUUUGAUGGAAUCAAAAGAAAUGAUAACUUUGUUCUGAUGUUGAAAGGUAAAGUAUAAUAGUGCCAAAUGUGAAAAAUGGCAUGUUGAAUUACAUAAAUUGAAUAAAAACAUUGCAAUAACAACA